GCGUCGCCACAUUGGCGGAAGAGAGUAGCGUCUCGCCUUCCUUCUCUCUCACACCCAAUCUCGUGGAGCUACAUUUUUUAUUUUUCUAGGUCAGCUGUUGCUGCCACAGAUUUGUUGCGAGCGCUUUCGAUUCGAGGUGAUGGCGCAGCGAGCAGCGCUGCUCGACAAUCUCACGCUCGUUCUUCGAGGAAGAAAUUUCUGGCGCUGCGCGGCGGAUUGCUCAUCGUCUACUCCGGUAGCUGGAGCGUCAUCGGAUUUUCCCUAGGUAGAGCACAGGAAUCGUAGCUAGAGCUAGAAAUUGGGCAAAUAUUAUCCUCGCGACUGUGUUCUUCGUCCUCUUCGGCGGCUGGGAUUUUGCGCCAUGGGAUCUUCGCUAGCUAGAGUAGAAGUAGAACACAGGUGGGGAGGAAUCGAGCGUAGCUAGAGCUAGAAAUUUGGGAAAAUAUUUCGGGAUUGGAUUUGCAAAUGUAUAUGGAGGGGAGCUGAUUUGCGCUGGGCAAUGGAUCCUCCGAAGAGCAAGGGCUGGUUUAGCUGGUUCUCGAAGAAGAAGAAGGUAAAGCCCGAGGAGAAGAAGCAGCCAGUGGAGAGAUCGAAGCCAAAGCGUCCCAUAGCCCCUCGAGUAGGGGGAACCAAGGAAGCAGGGAAGCAUGGUGACCAGCCCUCCAACGUUACCAAGCAAAAGGUCGCGGCCGCCAAGCAAUACAUCGAGAAUCACUACAAAUCCCAAAUGAAAAAUCUCCAGGAACGCAGGGAGCGGCGAUGGAUGCUAGAGAGGAAACUGGCCGCUUCUAAUGUCAGCGAAGAAGAACAAAACCGAAUUCGGAGGGACUUGGCGAGGAAAGAGACUGAGUAUAUGAGACUUCAAAGACAUAAGAUGGGGGUGGAGGACUUUGAGUUGCUGACAAUUAUCGGUAGAGGAGCAUUCGGAGAGGUUAGAUUAUGUAGAGAGAAGCGAUCGGGACAGGUGUAUGCAAUGAAGAAGCUCCAGAAAUCCGAAAUGCUUAGGCGCGGACAGGUGGAGCAUGUUAGAGCAGAGCGUAAUCUCCUAGCAGAGGUUGACAGUAAUUGUAUAGUGAAACUCUUUUGUUCCUUUCAAGACGAUGAAUAUUUGUAUCUCAUCAUGGAGUAUCUUCCUGGUGGCGACAUGAUGACGCUGCUUAUGCGGAAGGACACACUAACAGAAGAUGAAGCUAGAUUCUACGUCGGGCAGGCCAUUUUGGCAAUCGAGUCCAUUCACAGGCACAACUACAUUCACAGGGAUAUCAAGCCUGAUAAUCUUCUACUUGAUAAGAAUGGUCACAUGAAAUUGUCAGACUUCGGGUUGUGUAAACCCCUAGACUGCUCUAACUUACCAGCUUUAUAUGAGAAUGAGCCAGGUAUAGAGGAAAAGAUCAAAGACGCAUUAACCUUCGAGGCACUGAAAUCUCCUGCUCGCAGACGCACGCAGCAGGAGCAACUAUUGCAUUGGCAACGAAACAGAAGAAUGCUGGCUUAUUCAACUGUCGGGACGCCAGAUUAUAUUGCUCCCGAAGUUCUACUGAAGAAGGGAUACGGGAUGGAGUGUGAUUGGUGGUCUCUUGGAGCUAUAAUGUACGAGAUGCUAGUCGGGUAUCCGCCCUUCUAUUCCGACGAACCGAUGUCUACUUGCCGGAAGAUAGUCAAUUGGAGAAUGCACCUCAAGUUUCCAGAGGAGGCUAAGCUCUCCGCCGAAGCCAAGGAUUUUAUUAGUCGGCUGAUCUGCGAUGUAGAGCAUCGUCUUGGGACUAGAGGCGUCCACGAGUUAAAGGGACAUUCCUGGUUCAAAGGUGUCGACUGGAACAAGCUCUAUGAUAUGGAAGCUGCUUUCAAGCCCGAAGUUGCGAAUGAACUGGAUACCCAGAACUUCGAAAAAUUUGAAGACAGUAAUUCGCAAGCCCAACCGGCUUCGAAGUCCGGACCUUGGAGAAAAAUGCUACCUUCGAGAGAUGUUAAUUUCGUUGGUUACACGUACAAGAACUUUGAAAUUCACCAAGAUGCCCGUGUUCCUGGGAUGGCCGAGUUGAGAAAGAAGGGGAGGCCGAGGAGACCCUCGAUCAAGACAUUGUUUGAUCCAAACGCUGCUACUGGUACUACCAAUGCCGGCAACCCUCCAGUGGGAAGUUUUAUGUGCCUGGCAACGCAGUACGAGACCGCGGAAAGUCCCGAGCAAUCCAGUCCUGCUCGCUCGCCAAUAGCUUGAUCAUCAAAACUUCAUCCAAUUUGGAUUCUCUAAAAUCGCUCUCACUCGCUAGCGAGAUCGCUGCUUAUCUUCUCGUUUCCAUUCACACUGUAAAUUCUCUAUGAUUGAUUGUCGAGCUAGCGCGAAAAAGACUACCAUUUUUUUC